AUGCAUUUGGCGUUUCUGGACUUUGAAGCCGCGUUCGACUCUCCUCACCGACGCCGUCUUCUCAACGCGCUCCGCGCCGAUGGAGUACCAGGAAAGUUCGUUCGCUUGCUUGAUGACAUGAAUCAACGAACAACUGCUGCAGUUCGAACACCAGGCGGAUGUACAACACCGUUUGAAGUGGUAACUGGAGUAAGACAAGGGGCAGUGGCAGGACCCUUCCUGUUCAAUUUUGCAAUCGACGACAUUAUGCGAAGAACAGUCGACCAGUGUCCUGCCGACAUUGUCUUAGCACCAUCAGGGUGUCCCUUGACUGACCUUGAGUACGCCGACGAUAUUGUUAUAUUCGCGGAAAGCAGUACGAAACAUCAACAUGUUGUCAACCUUGUAUCGAAGUUGGCUGCAGCCUAUGGACUACGCUUACGCCCUGAUAAAUGCAAGCAGAUGUGGAUCUCUUCGAGACCUCGAUCGGGAAUUAGGGUGGAGGGACAACCGAUAGAACUCGUCGAUGAGUUCUGUUACCUAGGCUGUACGCUAAGAACAAUGGCAGCUACGAGAGAGAUGUUCAGCAAAGAUGCGCUAAAGCCACUUCUGCAUUUAACUCCUUAA